UAUUGUCAAUUUUGUUUUUGGUUUCCUCGUCGUUGCCACUUUCUUCUUCUCCUUCUCAAAUUCACAGUUCGUAAUAAAUAUUUUCCCAGAUCGCCCCCCCUAGCUUUCCUCCCACAUCUUUUGAUCCAUUAAAUUUAGUUAAAAAGUUGAAAUUUAAUUGCAACCUGGUGACUUUGAAUUUUCUUUUUGGUUUCUUUACCUUGUGUGUGUGUGUGUCUCCUUCUCCCUACUCUGUUUCGUGAUCACGUUUUCAAAUAAAUCAGCAACCAUGGCUUCUUCUUCUACUUCUUUUUUUUCUCCUCUCUAACUCAUGCACAGAGCAAUUCAUAUAAAAUCCGUUUUUUUUACAUGAUCACUACAAUUACGACUUAGUGUUUCCUCAAAUCACAAUUUGCUCUGUUCCUCCUCCAGAAAAAAAAAAACCCAAACUUUGCUCUGUUCCUUCAAAACAAAAAAAACUUUGCUCUGUUCCUUCAAAAAAAACCCAAACUUUGCUCUGUUCCUACGAUUAUUCCAUUCAAUGUUGUUGCUCCAUGCCCACGAUGAUCGGAGAAUGAGAAUUUGAAACAGAGUCUAGAGUUUCCCCGAGGAAGAAGACGCUACGCUAUUAUGGGUUGCGGAGGAUCAAAACUAGAUAAUCAACAGAUUGUGAUUCUCUGCAGAGAGCGUAAGGAACACAUUAAAGCGGCGUCGUAUCAUCGCUCUGCUCUCGCCGUCGCUCACCUUACUUACUUCCAGUCUCUCUCCGACGUCGGCGAAGCUAUUCAACGUUUCGUUGACGAGGAAGGCUUGUUACUUGCUUCUUCGUCGUCUUCUUCUUCUUUUUCGCCGGAUUCUCCAGCUCUUACGUUACCGUCCGACGAAGGAAAGCCGCCGAAGAAACACAAGAAGAAGAUCUCUCCUUCUUCAACCACCUCUAUUUCUCAUUCCAUCAUCGAAGAAGACGAAGACGAAGAUGAUUCGCAUUUGCAUCUAAGCUCCGGAUCCGACUCCGAAUCCGAAACAGAAGCUGGAUCUAAUGACCAUCUCCAAAUUGAUAGCACUCCUGAACAAGACCACCGGUCAACUCAAACUCAAACAUUUCAUUCCGGUUAUGAUCCAACUAGCUAUGCUCCACCGGUUUACCCACCCGGUUAUCCACCAAGUUACCCACAGGGUUAUAUGCCCGGUUAUCAACCGGGAUACCCACCGGGUUACCCGAGUUUCAACCCGAACGCAAACCGAGGAAUGUAUUUUAUGAAGAAAUCCGCGCCGCAAUCUCGACCGUUCAUUUUCCAGCCGGAGAAUCACCGAGUUGAGAACGCACAAUGGCCGUCGGAUUCUGGAUUCGGAAACACUGGAGCGCAACGGAAAUCGCCGUCUCCGGCUCCUCCUCCGUCACCGCCAAAGGUUUCAACUUGGGAUUUCUUGAACGUAUUUGAUACAUAUGAUUACAGCAACGGUCGUUCUCGUACUUCUUCCGGAUAUUAUCCGAUGGGAAUGGCGUCAAUCUCAAGCAGUCCUGAUUCUAAGGAAGUUAGAGAAAGAGAAGGGAUCCCUGAACUGGAAGAAGUAACAGGGGAAGAAGUCAUCAAGCAAGUAUAUAGACGUCCCAAGAGAACAGGAUUGGAGAAGGUUAAAGAACACAGAGACGAGGACGAUUACAACGUUAACAAAAGAGGUUAUGUUGGUGAGGAAACUAUGAGGGCAGUGACAAUGCCAGAUAAAGCCACCGAGAGCUCAUUCGAUUCAGAGACAGUGUCUUCUUUUUCAGGGAGUGAUGUAGAAUCUGAGUUUCAUUAUGUUAAUGGUGGUGAAGGAAAGAGCAGCAACAGUUCUUCUAAUAGUCAUGAGACGGUAAUGGGGACGAAGGUUUCGGUAGAGGAAGAGUAUGGGAGGAAGAAAGGAGUGAGCUUUGAGUUGGAGGAGGAAACGACGAGCACUUCCUCUUUUGAUGUUGAAUCUUCCAAGAUAAGUAGCUUAUCUAGUUUGUCGUACCAUGCCACUAGGGAUCUCAGAGAAACUGUGAAGGAGAUCAAGAGUGAGUUCGAGGUUGCUUCUUCGUGUGGGAAGGAGGUUGCUGUGCUUCUUGAGGUUGGCAAGUUGCCUUAUCAGCAUAAAAACAAUGGCUUUAAAGUUAUCUUAUCGAGGAUCAUGUAUCUGGUAGCACCAUCCACACAGUCAUCACAUUCUCAGCCCAUACGUUUAACAUCAAGGACAAGGAAAAUAGCGAAAGCAUACAAUGGACAAGAUGUUAAUGGAGGCUUCAAUGGGAACCUCUCAUCAACCUUGGAGAAACUGUAUGCGUGGGAAAAGAAACUGUACAAGGAAGUUAAGGACGAAGAAAAGUUUCGUGCCAUUUAUGAAGAGAAGUGCAGGAGACUAAAAAAAAUGGAUAGUGAUGGAGCAGAGUCUAUCAAGAUCGAGGCUACUCGGGCAGCCAUUAGGAAGCUUAUGACCAAAAUUGAUGUUUGUAUAAGAUCAGUUGAUUCAAUUUCCAGCAGAAUCCACAUACUCAGAGAUGAAGAAUUGCAGCCACAGUUGACACAGUUAAUACACGGGUUGAUAAGAAUGUGGAGAUCGAUGCUCAAGUGCCACCAGAAACAGUUCCAGGCAAUCAUGGAGAGCAAGGUUCGAUCUCUCAAAGCAAACACAACCUUACAAAAAGACUCUGGUUCGAACGCAAUUCUUGAUCUUGAGAUGGAGCUAAGAGAAUGGUCUAGCAGCUUCAACAACUGGGUUAACACCCAGAAGUUAUACGUCCAGUCCCUAAGCGGAUGGCUCUCGAGAUGCCUUCACUAUGAACCCGAGGCAACAGAGGAUGGAAUCGCUCCUUUCUCUCCUAGCCAGAUAGGUGCACCGCCCAUUUUUAUCAUAUGCAAAGAUUGGCAAGAAGCAAUGGGUAGAAUAUCUGAAGAUAAUGUGACUAAUGCUAUGCAAAGUUUCGCUUCAAGCCUACACGAGUUAUGGGAGAAACAAGAAGAAGAGCAAAGGGCAAAAGCGCAAUUUGAGCAGCGAGAUGCGGAGGAGUCAGAGAGAAGUUUGGUUUCGAGAGGUAAGUCAGAGAGCGGGAUAUCGGCUUUGGAUGAUCUGAAAGUGGAUUUAGAUUCAAUGAGGAAGAAGCUAGUAGAGGAAAGAGGUAAGCGUAAAGAAACCGUUAAGCUUGUGAACAACGAGUCAUCUAGUAGCUUGAAAAAUGGUUUAGUUCCCAUAUUUGGGGCAUUGAGAAAAUUCACAGCAGAAGUUGUGAAAGCUCAUGAAAUUGUUAGGCUACAACAUCCUCAGACUUCUUCUUGAGUAGAGAGUUUUUGUUACUUAACAAAUUAGAUAUACAUAGGUUCAUUAUAUAGGAAAACUUUGGUAUAGGUGUAUGCUCAUAUUCAUUCAUUGGUUGGUUAGUUUGCUUUGUAAGCCGUUUUGAAAUGGUGAAGAAGAAAUGAAAAUGCUAUAUAAACGAUUCAAUUGAGAUUAUCUAUGAAAAUGCUAUAUAAA